GGCUGGAAUUAUCCAAUGAGCGUGAGGAACACUGACGUUUGAACGAGAGCGGCUCCGCGGUGGUUGUGAUUUCAUGAAGUGUCGAUGCUAUUUUGACAUUGUUGACGUUAGUGGAUAAGUAUUUCAUUCAGCAGAGUCGAGUCUCAAAAAACAAAUUCAUAUAUUUUCACAGGCAUAAAACCACCAAUAGAAGUGUUUGUUACAAUAGACUGCAAGCACAGAGAGGCUGAGCGGUUGCCUGAAAUAAAUAUGUUUCAGGAAGUCUGAGUAGUGUGUAAACAAGAAAACUCAAUUUUCUUCCCUUAAACGGAAAAAAGAAAUCAUCUGACAUGGCUAAUGAGACACCAGUGCAAACCUCAUCCAAUCAAGAAAAUCACAAGACUGAUGACCGUGAAAAUAUUCCACCAGGAGUUACUGCUGCAGCUGGAACUUCACAGCUCAAAGUCCAUGUAAGAAAUGUGGAAGGAUAUUCCUGUAUACAUCCAAGUGCAGAAGAUGAACCUCUACCAGACACCUGCACCUUUUCAACCCCAGCUCCAUCAAGCAGCAGUGGUGGAGUCAAGGCAAAGUCACGGCUCUCUGGUCUCCAGUCUGCUCUAACACCGAUUUUGAAAUACUUAAACAUUACCAAUAAGUGUCCAUCCCCAGAACCUUUGAACCAUGGAAAAAAUCCUCAUCCAACAGUUCCCUCUUUGUCCUUUGGCAACACCACGUCAAAUUGCCAAAAAUCAGCUGAAGGUUCUAGCCAGCACCCCAACUCUGGCUGUUCAUUAGGUGACACUAAUGCUUCUGUGUGCUGGCUGGCUGAUGAAUACUUGCCAGAAAUUUCUCUCUUUGAUGUUACAUGUGAUGCCUCAAUGCAGCUGACUAAAAAUCAUUCACCUCUUCCUGACAGUGUGCCUUCUACACCUGCAACAGCUCGGUCUCUACACACAUUUGUCACUCCCCUGCCCUCCCAACCGAGUGCCUCCAUCAUAUUAAACACCACUGCUCAAAUACCCUGCCCUCAAAAUAAGACACUGAAUAUUCUUCAGUCUGAUGUUAGCAGUCCCAAAGCUGAGAGUGAGGUUAGAGACCAGGCUAGUUCAGUCUCAAGGAAUGCUUCUGAAAUGUCCCUUCUUAUGAAUCAGAGUAGUUCAACUGUGAAGCCAAGUGUUACAUGUGAUGUGAAAGAUGUCACUUUUGACAGAGGUUCUCUUCAAAACUCCAGUGGAAAUACUGUUUUAGAAGCUGGCACGACAAACCAGAAUGGCACUUUCAAUAUUAAGCCUUGGAAACAGAUUGGCACCACAGCUGGGUCACAAACAUGCUCAAGUGACAAUCACCAGACUGUAAUGGAAAAGUCCUCUUCUUUUAAAGUAUGUAGUGGUAAAGAAGUCCACUCUCAAGUCCGCCCUCUGGAAAUUCCACAAUAUCAACAUACCCCAGCUGGUAAAGACCCUAAUACCAAGAUGGGUGACAUCCCUGAGAGCAUAGAUGCUCCUCUGCGCUGGCUGGAUGACAGAUAUUUCCCAGAAAUUACUCUCCUUGAUGUUACCCGUGAUUCAGAGUUUUCACCAGGAGGUGAAAUGUCAUCCUUGGAGGUCACGCGGGAAAACAACAUGCUUUCCUCAGCACCGAGUGGACAAAUUGUUACAGAGCCUGGCACACUGGACACAGUUCACAGUGAAGAUUUGUCAGGUACCCUUGAUGGCAAUGUUACCCACACCAUAAGCUCCUUUAGUGAACAAUCUGAUAAAUGUGUGGGUGAAAACCUACCAAAAGCGUCCUUGGAAGUGACUCGAGAUAUUUCCAUGGGCAGUGUUUUGGAAGACAGUCGGCCUUCAUUGGAGUCCAGUGCACAAAACCCUCUGAAGAUUCCAACAUCAGAUGAGGACAUAAACUGUACACACCCUGCUAAUAUUACCCAUGACAUAAGCUCCUCCAGCGACAUGUCUGUUCAGUCUGCCGCGUCACAGUUCCCUGCUUCUGAUUCGCAGUGUAACACUAGUUCAAAGAAUGUAACCUCUGAGCUUCAUGGUGAACCUGUAGUGACCUCUGUUAAUGUGGAAGCUAAUAAUAAAGAGCUAGGUACCAGCCAUGGUGCUGAUGAGUUGACCAGCAGAGUGCCACAACCAAGUCCACAAACAACGGAGUCUGUGAACAACACAUUUACUGUUACAGAGCAGUCCAGUCUGAGCGCUUCUGCCAAUGUGAACACUUCUGCUCAAGUACCGUGUCCUCAGAAUCAGACGCUGGAUCUUCCCUCAUCUAAUGUAAACAGUCCCAAACCAGAGAGUGACACUAAAGAUCAGGAGACGUCUGUCUCUAAGAACACUACUGAAUCGUCCCCUGUUAUUAAUCAAAAUUACUCAGCUGGAAAGCCAAAUGAUUCAUCGGACAUGCAGAAUGUCACUUUUGAUAGGCGUUCCUUUCAAAAAUCAGCCAGUAGUGCAACUAUUAGCCUUCAAAACAACACUUUUGAUGCCAAGUCGCCUUCUAAACAGAAUUGCACCGUAACUGUGUCAGAAACAAGUUCAAGCAACGGUCAUCAGAACACUUUAGACAAACCCUCUUCUCCUAAGGUAUGUAAUGCAACAAGUAGCCCCAAAGACGACUCUGAAGUCCCCCCUCCUGAAUUGAUAAAACAUAAUGGAACAACAGCUAGUACCGACCCCAAUGCCAAGAUGGUUGACACUGCUGAGAGCACAUUUGAAGCUAAUCCAGCUGUGGAGGCAGCUUCUGGAGCUGGUCAACAUGAGACUCAGGAUCAUUCACAGUCAGGUCUACCUAUGAGAGAAGGUUUUUCUGACACUUUGGAUCAUCCAAGCAUGGAUACAGAGGAUAACAAAGCAAACAUAUUGAAUUUGGAUGAUACCCUAGAUUUAAGGGCAGACUCUUUGAUUACUUCUACACCAAUGACUAACUGCAAAAUUUUCAACUUCCAUGCUGAGCGAGAAGAGGGCAAAAUCGCAAUGGCACAGAAAAAACUGUAUGGCGAUGGACCCAGUAAGCCAGAUGGUCAGAUGCCAUCAGACGUUCCAUCAAACAUCGUCUGCAACCGAAAAACAUUCUUGACGCAGCCCACUGCUAAGUCCCUUUUGCCUCCUCUGAAAACUGCAUCCCAGCUGUUGAAGUGCAAGCCAGCUUCCACGCUUCCAGGAAGGUUUGAGCCAUUGACAUCGGGCCUGCCCAUGACAAGACAAAGAACCCAAGCCGAAGUUUUGAGGAACCGUGCUGCUUCUGAUGUGCCUCAAGUGACCACAGGAAUAUCAUCCUCCUACAACCUGCGUGCUACAACAACAGGAUCCAAGCAGCCCAAUACUGGAUUGCAGAAACCACGGUUGAGCAGCAUACCGUCAGGCAUCCAGAGAGCUGCACUCGGUCUCAGGCCGCCAUCGGCCAGAAGCAACACAGCAGCUUCUUCAAGCACUGACAAACUCCGUGGACCUACAGUUACUAACCCUGAGACAAAGACUUCACAAGCAAAGAGGCAUCCCUUAACCAGAGGUGAAGCUUUGCCAGUAGCUAAGAGGAAGAAAAUGGAUGCUCCUUUGUCAUCUGGUAAUGCUGAAGCACCAGCAUCUUCAUGUGAUGCUGCAAACAGAGCCAAAAACCUGAAACAGCCCACAAACACUCAGAAAACUUUGUCUGCCAAGACCCAAAAAGAAGACGUUGCAGUGCCAGCAUGUACUGCUGAAACAUCAACGUCUUGUAGUGCUGUUAGUCGAGUCAGAGCCUUGAAGCAGCCUGCAGCCACCCAUAGAGCUCUGCCACCUAAAUCCCAAGUCCACGGUUGUACCAAAUGUGUCAUGCUUGAACAGCAACUGGAAAAGAAAUCAGAAGAAAUAAGGAGACUGAAAGAAGAGCUGCUGAAGUACAGUAAAUGUAAGGAAGAAUGCUGAUAUUGUUUCUGUUGUAUUCCCAAUGUGAAUAUUUGUAUGAAUACUUAGCAGAAUAUCUGCUAUUAUUCCUACAUGUUUGAAGUUACAGUUUUACAUUGUAAAUAUUUUUUAAUCAAUAAAUGUAUUUUAAUAAGAAUAUGCUAACCUUUAACAGAGUUUUACUCAUUUAAUUCAGUUAUUUAGCAAUGAUUUAUUUUAUGAUAUGAAACUCUUCUGUGUAAAAUAUUGGCUUUUUCGGUUAUUAUAAUACUGAAAAUUUGGUGUGUUGUAAUAUGGGACACAGGGGCACUUUAUACCCUGAAAUGGAUACCAAUUACGACUUGAAUAAAUUGAACCACACAUAUGUUUAAGUGCUUUAAUUGGUUGUCAUCUAACCUGUAAGAACAUUGAAAGGAUGUGAUAAAUCUUUAUAAUAAGGCUGAAACAGCCAGUGUAAAAAUUAAAGUAUAUUAUUGGACAAAAACGAAAGAUACUGGAGGCUGUGUGUAUAACUUCUUGCUUUUCACCUAGAGGUGCUUUGUAUGGUAUUGUCUUAACAGUGUAAGCAUACAUCUGAGAUAUUUGAAAUAAACAGACUAUCAUUUGUCUGAAGA